AUCUAUAUACAUUUGCACUUUGCAGGCUUUCCUUUCAAAUAUCCAAGUCCAACAUUCUCUCUCAAUUUUGGUAAAGGAAUAUUCACACAAAAGUCAGAAGCUGGUCAAUACAAAAACAGUGGGUAAGAAUAAGAAGUCCAUUGUUUAGAGAAACACCCCAUUAGGCAAGGCAAUUCCAAAUUCAACACCGUGAACGCAACCAAACUCAAGAGGUUGAAAAGAAACGGACUGUUUUGUCUGUCUUCUUUAUUCCCCCCCUGCACCUUCCUUUCAUGACUCUUUAUCCCACCUUCCAUUCAAAGUUCAAACUAAAAUCUCAAAAGUAAUACAAAAAAUAUAUGUAUGUAUAGCUGAAGGGAAGAUUUUUUCAAAACCCAUUUGGGUUGCCCAUUUUAAUUUAAAGCUUUCUUGUUAAAGAAUUGGGAUUGAUCAGAUUUUGUCCUCAGAUACGUCAGACCGAGCAAGAAGGUGAGAACUCUUCGCUUGUUGCUAUUGUCUGAUUUGGCAAGGUUCAUGGCAGUUUAUUCUGUAAAGAGAGAAGGGAAAUUGUGGUUAAGAUUUUAUUCUGCUCUGCUCAUCAAAUGAGUUGAAGGCAGUCAUGGCAAGAUUUCAAUAACUUAGUAUAAUCUUGGAGUCUGGACGUGGCGGGAUAAUUGUACGGGAUAAUUGUAUUACAAUAUUAGUUUAUUUGAAUAGAAUGGCCCGGAGAUCCAGAGCUGUGCUGUUAGUUGUGGUAUUUAUAUCUGUGUUUGGUAGUCUUGUUUCAUCAGAGUUGGAAGAAACUUCACAUAGGGUUAGAACUUCACCAUUGAGAAAUGCAGAUACUAGCGUCAUUGAUGGCUCAGGCAUGGAGCACACAAUUUAUUCUGAUAAAGCUAAUGUCAGAUCAGGGGAGUGGAAGGGGGCAAGCAGUAGAGUUUCGGUGUCCACAGUGGCCAUCUUUACGCUGGCAAUGGCUGCUGCCACUGGCUUGGGUGCUGUGCCCUUCUUCUUUGUUGAACUUGAUUCUCAGUGGUCUGGAAUUUGUAAUGGAAUGGCAGCCGGUGUGAUGUUGGCUGCCAGUUUUGAUCUUAUUCAGGAAGGACAAGACCACGGGAGUGGCAGUUGGGUUGUGUUUGGUAUUUUGGCUGGUGGCAUUUUCAUUAGGCUUUGUAAGAAGCUUCUUGAGCACUAUGGUGAAGUGAGUAUGUUGGACAUUAAGGGAGCAGAUGCAGCUAAAGUUAUUCUUGUUGUUGGAAUCAUGACUCUUCAUUCUUUUGGAGAAGGCUCUGGCGUUGGAGUUUCUUUUGCUGGAUCCAAAGGCAUAUCACAGGGGAUUUUGGUUACUUUAGCAAUUGCAGUGCACAACAUUCCAGAGGGUUUGGCUGUCAGUAUGGUGCUUGUAUCACGAGGUGUCUCCCCUCAGAAAGCUUUUAUAUGGAGUGUUAUUACAUCCCUACCUCAGCCCAUUGUAGCAGUGCCGUCAUUUAUGUGUGCUGAUGCCUUUCACAAAUUUUUGCCAUUUGCAACUGGCUUUGCUGCUGGGUGCAUGAUCUGGAUGGUUGUAGCAGAAGUGCUACCAGAUGGUCUGAAGGAGGCAGCGCCAUCUCAUGUUGCAACAGCAGCUACAUUAUCAGUAGUUUUCAUGGUUGGUCUAGGUGCUAUGUUCCAGAAUUUCAGCAAUUUCAGCUCUGAGGAUGCCUCUGGCUUGUUUGUUUCCUUACUCUUCGGUCUUGGCCCAUUGCUUGGUGGAGUUGCUCUUGUUGCAUUUGCUAUUGCUUUUCGCCUUCAGCAUGCUCUCCUCACUGGAGUAGCCUCUGGUGUUGCAUUUGUUCUCGGUGCUUGGCGACCACUGCAGCUGGUUCUUUCCUCCAAGAUGGGCUUUUUCCCCCUGGUGGUGCUGCUGCUGGUGGGUUCUGCAUUGGUCCAUUUCUCUGUUUCUACUACUAUAAAUUUUCGACCCAAGCGCACUUCAGCGGAUACAUUGCCAUCUCUUACCGGCUCGCAACUGAGUGCUCUUACCCUUCAAGCAAUCUUGUGUUGUGUUGCUGUUGCGAUUCAUUCUCUGGCCGAGGGGCUUGCUCUAGGUGUUGCUGCACCUAAAGCCUAUGGCUUUGGUCGGCAUAUGGUCCUUCCUGUCUCCUUACAUGGGAUCCCUCGUGGUGCUGCUGUAGCUAGCUGCAUUUUCGGCGCAACUGACAGCUGGCAUGGAUCCCUUCUUGCCGCUAUCCUUCUUGGUUUUGUCGGUCCAAUGUCUGCAAUUGGAGCCAUACUCAGUGGCAUCGACUACAGUGGUUUGGAUCACUUAAUGGUGAUGGCAUGCGGAGGAUUGCUUCCGUGCUUCGGGAGCAUUGUAAAGAGAGCGAUGAAACUAGAUAGAAAGAAGACUAUAUCUGGUUUGGUAAUGGGGAUAGUAUCAGCCAGUAUCUGCCUAACUUGUACCAAGUUGGUGUGUUUGCACACACCUUAUUGCAACUCUGCUCCAGAGGCUGUCAGAUAAGAUCACUGCUGAGAGAACCAUUGUACAGGAAAAAAGAUGUAACCGAUGCUAAAUGAGAGUAGUUACCAAUAUGAGAAUUAAGGCUAUUGAGCAGAUUUUGUAGCUGAAAUUGAUAAUUGCACAUAUCAAAAUUCAUAAUUAAUUUGCCCUUCUUGAACCACCUCAAGUAUUCUGGUUGUUCUGGGUGUACCACAUACUAUAAUCCUGCAACUUCUUUAUCUGAAAAUGAGUCUUAGAGGAAAUUUUAUUUGUAUGGAUUCCAACUUCCAAGUUCUACCAAAUCGUUCUCUUUGGUAACAUGUCAUCAGUUUGGGAAAGAAUCAAUGCUGUUCAUACAAGUUUAUGUUAAAAUG